AGUCCCUCCGCUGAGUGAAGCAAUGGAGGCCACUGGCAGAGGGAAGCGGCUGGAUGUUCCGAGCAGGGUCGCAGUCAGAUUCCCCGGGCAGCUUGGGAGCCACUCCCGGCAUGCAGGGAAGAGCCGGGCUGCCCUUGGGGAGAGCGGAGGGUAUUUCUCUGUGUGAGACCCGGAGCCCUACUAGUAGUAAAAGUACUAGAAAACUCCGCUGGUGAGAGGGAAUUUCCAAGCCCCGCCUUCCGGUGUAUAAUAGCGCCAUGCAGCCUGCCUGCCUCACUCACACGGACUGCUAUGUACUGACUGCGCAGCCAGCUGUGCUCUGAUUAGCGCCCCAGCCCGGAUUGCUUGCGCCUGAGAGUGCUGAUUGCCCCUUGGUACAAUGUCCUCUAUCAGUGAUGGCAGCACAGAUGCGCUGGUGGCCAGGUUCAAGGUGCUGGAAGAAACCGUGGAUAAACUGCACAGGGAAAACAGGACACUGAAGAAAAAGGUGCAGAGCUACCAUGUCCUCAACUCUUUCUAUCAUGAAGCCAAACAGGAGGUGAGCAGCCUCAAACAGAAACUCACUGCCAAGGAAAGUCUCAUCCAGAAGCUGAUGGCCAGCCAGGCUGCCCUGGGCACCGAGCCUCCGCCGCACGUCUCCUCCUCCAGGUCCUUAGUGGAGAGCUUGAUGGACCAGUUGGCUUUAAUGAAGAGCAGACUGAAGGAGACGGAGAGGACAUGUGAGGAGAAGGUGGAAUCCUUGAGCCAGGAAAUUACGAGGCUCCAUCAGCAGCUGGAAGAUAAGGAUAAGCAGGUCCAGCAAUACGCCAGCUGGCCUCAGCACGAGAAAGAACUGGAAAUCUGCCGCCUUCAGCAGACGCUGGCCAAUAAAGAGAGGGCUCAGGCCACCAGCGAAGUCCUGUGCCAGUCUUUGUCCGACGAAAGCCAACAACUCCGCCGCAAGCUGGCCGCCACCGCCGAAAUGUGUCAGCACCUGGUCAAGUGUCUCGAAGAUUCACAGAGAAAUGUCCACCGGAACAUGGAGGAGCUGGCACACACGGAAAGGCCCAGCAAGAUCCCGAAUCUAGACUGCAGCAGUGAGUCAUCUCUCAGCAAACUUCAGGAAGAGAACCGUUUAUUAAAACAGAAAGUUGUUCAUGUGGAAGAUUUAAACGCAAAGUGGCAGAAGUAUGACGCCAGCAGAGAAGAGUACGUAAAGGGGCUUCACCUUCAGCUGAAGGAGCUAAAGGCUCGUAGCGAGCACAAGUCAUCCCAUAGUGCUCACACCCAUGCAGAACUUGUGCAGAAAGAGAUCAUCCGGCUGAACAAGCUGUUGGAGGAGAGGAUGAAUGAGUGCGUCAAACUCCGACAGGAGAACGAAGAAAUGGCCGGCGCAAGAAAUGCCGAUUCAGAGCGCAUACAGGUGCUCGAGCAGCAGCUGCUAGUUUACAAGGAUGAUUUCAUAUCGGAGAGGUCAGACCGAGAGAGGGCGCAGAGCAGGAUACAAGAACUCCUGGAACAAAUGUCCUCCCUGCAACGCCAAACACGAAGGAUGGAGGAUCGAGAGGCGGCUGGGAAUUUCCACAUUUUUAUCGGCAACAAAAACAAAACCUUUGUGAAGAAGAACACAACGGAAGCCCUGAGGGGCAGCAGCAGCCCUGAGCACACAGAAGGCAGGAGACAAGUAUCCCCAGCAGAACCGGUAGAAGCACACAGGAACCUGAGCUCGGAGAGGCGAGGCCAGGACGAGCUGCUGUGCCCUCGCUGCUUGAGGAUCUUUAACAAUGGUGACACUUUUCUGGAACACCUGACCGAGUGCUGCCAGUGAGUGCGGUUUUUCCACUGUUUACUGUUUGCUUAACCACUACGUGGCAUGGGCUUCGAUGGUCCCGUGUGAACUUCGUCAAAUCUAUGCCAGAAUGCUGCUGCGCCCUGGGAUUGGGUCGCUCAAGUACUGUGAGAAAGGAACCAAUAACUACAUGAGAAGAAGCAGAAAUCUUUCCGAUACUUGAAUAAUAAUAAGCCUGCGAGAGGACAAGGGUAAUGUAAGCGCAGAGCGCAGGAAUGGAGGGAGAGAGCUUCCAUGAACUGUCAGGAGAGAUCGGAAGGAAUGAGACAAAUGGGGGAUAUAGAUAUUUUGGAAGAAAGCACAGAAAGCCUGGAAUGUAUUUUAAAUUUCAGAAACUUCACCUUUAAUUAUGUGGCUAAGAAUAAAUGCAGAUCAUGAAAAAUCCUCCAUGAAAGUUUCGGCCAAGUACUGAAGCCAAGUACCGCCCCUCAACUUAAUAAUUAGAUUAGAGAAAAAUCAAAAAAUGUCAACAACAGUUGUUGCAGUCGGAUGACCAAAGCUUUAAAGUCCCAUGACUUUAUUGGUCAUACCUACAAAUGGUGCACCCCUGUUUACAACAGAGAGAAUACAAUCAUUUAUAGUUUUCAUUUAAAUCUUAAAGAGAUUCAAAAUAAGUCAAAUCUUAUAAAUUUCAUGACAAAUUCUGUGUUUUUGUGUAUUUAAUUACACACAAAAAAAGUCAGGCAAUAUGAUAUACCUCAGCAUCAAAUAAAUCCUCUUGCAAAUGUGUAAGUGCCGCCCUGGUGCUAUAAUGUGCAACGUUUACACUGAAAUAAUGACACAAACCGGGAGUUAGAGGGGAAAUCCCAUUCCUGUAUAAAGAAUCUGAAGAAUUUCAAGGCCUCGGGCAUUUUGGGUUUUCCAUUGUGUAUUUUAGAAAAGUUGUUCCAAUUUUGUUUGAUGGAACUCGCUGGUGUCGGGAAAUGUAGCCCCUUUGAUAAAAUCUCUCAUUUCGCUGCCGUAUCCGCCCGUGCCUUAGCGCGCCGUCAGGGAAACGCUCCUUUGGUUUUACGUAGUCUGAAAUCUUACUUUUUUUUAUUAUACAAAUGACUUUUGCACUGAAUUAUUAUGUACUGUUCAUAUUUAAGUUAUAAUAUGUGUAAAUUGUGUAUUUGUCUUUAUUUAUUUAAUGUUAUAUCCAAUCUGAUUAGAGCUGAAAUCUUAUUUUUGUAAUAAAAACUCUAAAUAACGGUA